UAACUCACCAACCGGUAUCAGUGAUCAGUCGUAUAACACUAUUCACUACAGUAUCAGAUAAAAAAAUAUAUUGAAUGAUGUGUUUAAUUCGAAUUCGUUGAUUAUGCCAUUUUGGUUUCGGAGUAACAAAACCAAGUUUACUUAGGAGUUUUGUGUUCAGUUAAGAAUAAUCCAUCAUUGUACAGUAUUAAACUGUUUAUUUUUAAUUUUAAUUUUCCUGUAUUUAUAUAAUAUAUUUAGUGGUAUCUAAUAUAUAUUCUUUUUAACUGUGUUACACAAUUAGGGAUAUGUUGGACAUAUUUUUUACCAAAGCAUAUUUAUUAUGCUGCGCAACAUUAUUACUCGUUUCAUGGACAGAAAGUAAAAAUGUGGAGUAUGUGACUUGUGGAACUGUUGCAAAAUUGUACAAUAUCGAUCUUAAAGUAAGGUUGCAUUCGCACGAUGUUAAAUAUGGUGCAGGUAGUGGUCAGCAGUCUGUAACUGGCACUGAUUUGUCUGAAGAUAUUAAUUCACAUUGGGAAAUAAAAGCACAAACGGGAAAACAUUGUAAAAGAGGCGAGCCUAUUAAAUGCGGAAGUAUAAUAAGAUUUACACAUCUAACUACCAAAAAAAACCUUCAUUCACAUCUAUUCAGUUCUCCUUUAUCUGGCAAUCAAGAAGUAUCUGCGUAUGGUAAUGACGGAGUAGGAGAUUCUGGUGAUCAUUGGUAUGCAGAUUGCAGUGGAGACUAUUGGGAGAGAGAUGAUGAUAUUCGAUUAAAACAUGUAGAUACAGGAGCAUACUUAAUGGCUUCAAGUUUAUCAUAUGGUCGACCAAUUAAUGGACAAAAAGAAAUUGCUGCUGUAAAAAAUCCAGGACCAUUUUCAACUCAUUGGCGUGUAAAAGAAGGCAUAUUCAUUCACAAAGACGAACCAAAUGAUUUUCAUUCUGAUUAUCUCCACACAGAACUAUAAUAUUAUUCCAUUUAAGUAUUGAAUUAUCAAUUAUUUUAUAAUUUUGUAAAUUUAUUAAGGACUGCACACUGUUUAUAGUAGAAAAUAUAAUAAAAUAUGAACUUC